GAUGUUAAACACUCCUCCCACGUUUGGUACAGGAUAGUACAAUCCUCCUUGUUUAUGUGUAUACGAUGGGUUCUGUUUUUCAGUUUUGUAGAUAAGGCCAUUGUUUCAUGAUUACGUUUUUGUUUUCUAUUUCUAAUUAUAUGCCGAAAACAACUCACGACUAUAGCUAGUUGUUGCAGCCAGAUUAAAGUUCUUAACAGAGGAAUUGCUUUGAGGAUAAAAAAACGUGGAUGGAUGUAGUAUUUGGAUGCAUUGGAGAAAAACCAUUAAUUCUGUAGCAUUAUCAGGCCAUUUGGAGAUGACGUCUCAGUUUCUUUACAAGGGACAGGUGUGAUCUAAGCGCACAUCUGUCGCGUCAGUGUUUUACAUUUUUUAUUUGCAAAUUAAAAGUCGGUGCUAAGACAAUCACGCAACUUGUUCACAUACUUAAGGUGGACUGACAAUGGUGGCGGAGAUGACGAGUUUUGGGUCCUCUAAAUGUUUCGAAGAGAGUGACAGGGACAUUUCACCACCAGAUCAGAAAGGAAAUGUGGCUGAAAACGAAAGCAGCAGCAGCAGCUCAGAAAACACAGAGGCCUCCACAGAGGAAAGCUCGGAGGAUGAGUGCUCAGCAGACGGGGAUGCCGCCGAGGAUGACAAAGAGGAAGAGAAAGAAAACUCUGAUGUUGGAGGUUUUGGACAUGAUCAGGAUCCUGUUCCGGAAACCAGCACAGAGGGGCCGGGUCCAGACGGGACAGAAGCCAGUCCCCCACUCCGCUGCGAGAAAUGCCAGCUCGUUCAGGACCGGGGGUUCGAGCACGUAACUCCGAGGAGAAUCUCGCGCGGCAGACUGCUGGCGCUGCUGGACGGCGAGGGCACGUACGAGUGCUCCGUCACCGGCCUGGUGUUUGAGGUUACCCAGAAGGCCCAGGUGCGCUACUCCGUCCUGUCCUGGAGCAAGUUUGGGGCGUACCUGAAGGACUCCUGGAAGUUUGCUGGCCCCGUCUUCGACGUGGACUGCGACCCGUCCAUCCUAACGUCCAUCCAGUUCCCCCAUUCGCUGUGCCUGGCCGGCCAGGACGGCGAGGUGACCUUCAGCGUGCUGCACGUGAAGAGUGGGCGGGGCCUAGUGGAGCCGUCGGCGGGUCACUCGGGUAACCGCGUGACGUGGCGGGUGACGUCGCUGUCGCCGGUGGGGCCCAUAGUGCGAACGCCGCAGCCCGCGGAGCACCACGGCGUGGUGCUGGUGUACCGCGAGCUGGGCACCCGCGCCGCCGCCUCCUCCUUCCACAUCUACAUGGCGGCCAACAACUCCUCCGACAUCAAGGACAUCCAAAAGGAGGUGCGCAUUGCCAAGAAGAGGUUUGUGAAGAUGGACAAACCUGCCACCUGCCUUCUGGAGGAGCAGAAGAAGUACCAGCUGAUCAGUGAGCCUGAGGGAGAGAUCAACCCGGAGAACCUGAAGUUCACCCAGGCCGUGGUGAAGAUGAAGAGCUACUUCGAGGUCUUCCUGGAGCAGCCCCCUCCCUUCAAGCUGUCGCUGGUGGAGGUGGAGUCGAACCAGACCGUGUGGAGCGCCACGCUCCGAGAGGGUGACUUUGUGGAUAACGCCACUGAAAAACCAAGGAAAAAAGCCGAAAGCCGAAAGAGGAGCUGCAGCACUUCAGAGGAAGAAGUGGCGAUCAGUAAGAGAGCCAGACACGGAGACGUCCCAGAUGGAGUGAUGAAGACUCCGGGCCUGACGGACCAGCAGCUGAUGAUGGUGGCCACGCGGAUGGGGAAGGAGUGGAAGCAGCUGGGCAUCCUGUACCUGGGCAUGAGCAUGCAGGACAUCGAGGAGAUCCAGGCCGCCGAUGACGACCUGGCCGUGGUCAAGUUUAAGAUGCUGGAUCGCUGGAGGCGAAAGGCCAAGGGCGGGGCCGGCAUCUCGCUGCUCUGCAGCAGUCUGAGCCACGACAACGUGCCCAACGAGCUGCGCGACCUGCUGGAAGAUAUGCUGUCUAAUCCCUCAGCAAAGUGAGCUCUCUAUGGGACACUGUGCCCUGGGGGGCAGAGCUAGAGACGCUGCGCCCUGGGGGCGGAGCUAGAGAUGCUGCGCCCUGGGGGCGGAGCUAGAGACGCUGCGCCCUGGGGGCGGAGCUAGAGACGCUGCGCCCUGGGGGCGGAGCUAGAGACACUGCACCCUGGGGGCGGAGCUAGAGACACUGCACCCUGGGGGCGGAGCUAGAGACACUGCACCCUGGGGGCGGAGCUAGAGACACUGCACCCUGGGGGCGGAGCUAGAGACGGGUCACCAAACCCGCCCGGGUGCUUUGGAGGUCUGGAACACGUCCUCUCUCUGUCCGUCCAGCCAUCCGUGGCCCUAUCGCACCACUUCAUUUCACUGUGCAUUUGUUUUCUACACCGGGGUCAGAGGUCAAACACGUGGCUCGGCCGUCCAGUUUGGUUUUCCUCAUCGUUAUGGCAGCCCUUGUUCUCAUCAGAUUUAUAUAAUUUAUAUAAACUCCAUUACCCAUGACCCUUAGGGUCAGGACAGUCAGCCCUAUGACAUGGGCCCUUAAAGCAAACGGUGCUGCCAUUCUGCAUGGCUAAAGAACUAUAAAAUCAUGCUUGAAACAUAAGGAUAUGUUUUCAUUUUAAGUUUUGUUUUUUAUUUUGAGAUGAACCACUUAAUUAAAAAGACAUUUCCACUACCGCGUAGAUAUGUACUGAUGCAAUCAAGAGACCAACUUUGCUUUUCCUUACAAGCUGUGGUUGUUAAUAUUACGUGUAUAUGUGUUUAUAUAUUUCUGUUUGUUUUGUGCCCAGGGAUAUGCUUCAGCACUUGCACAAGCAGAAUUUCAGGAAUAUUUCUUGUUUGUUUACAUGAUUUUGGCUUGAAUCCCAUUUCACUUUUACAUUCCAGUGUGUGUGGAGUUCUGUGUGUGUUUCGUACUGCUAAGAACAGUAGACUGACCUGCCUGGAGAGAACAGUGUGAGCCUUUUGUAGGGAUACUCAAGACUUGUGUUCUCAAGUAGCCUGUGCUUUACCGUGUGAGGCAACUGGUAGCAAAAGUAAAUUUUGUUUUAUUUUUUUUGUUUACUGAAGAAAGAAAUUUUUUUUUUUUUUUUUAAAGUGAGCUUUAUUAUAAUGUGCAAGAAAAGAAAAAUCGAGCUGUAACUGCUGCCUGUUCUGGGGUUCAGCCUGGUGACCUUCACACGUUUAGGGACCUUCGCACCUGUGGGAACUGAAGCCAGCACAAGGUCCAGCCAGGCUGGGAUUUGAGCAUGUGACCGUCCAAUCACUGCCCUCUCCACUGCACCAUGGUGUCAGCAGUCAUCCUUGGGAAAGGAUCAGUAUCAGGGCUUUACUCUUCUCACUGAAUAUGACAAUCUUGUGACUUAAUAAAGCAUUUUUACUAA